AUGCAAGCAACCCUUACCAUGCAUGCAUUAGCAGCCGCUUUUCACUCCAACACCCAUGUUCCAGUCAGCAGCACAGUUUUGAAAGACCCAGAACAUUCUACCGUCAUCCCCUCCGCUGCUACCGCUGCAAGGGCAAAAGAUGUAAGGCCAGGCAGUGAUGAGGAAGAGACAACCACCACUACCAUCACCACCACCACCAUCAUCACCACCAUGCAGAGUCCAGUUCCCUGCCAGCUGAACCUGACCAGGCCAGAAGGAUACAUAGAGGCUCCACCACAGUCCAGCUCUGCUUUUCACUCCACUAUGGACUGCAGCUACAUCAUCACCGUUUACAUGGGCUAUGGAGUGGAGGUCCAGGUGAUGAAUGUGAAUCUAUCUGAGGGAGACAAGGUGGCGUUUGAAGAUGUGGGCCACCGGGAGAACACCAUGCUGGCCAACGAGUCCAUUCUGAUGAGGGGGUUGGUAGUACGAAGUCACAGCAAUCAGAUCUCUAUCCGCUUCCAUAGCCCGAGGUCUCAGGCUGGAUCAGUCCUGCUCAGAUACCAAGCCUUCGUGUUGAGCUGUGUCUUCCCCCAGCGACCUCUCUACGGUGAUGUAUCAGUGAGCAGUCUCCACUCUGGAGGGGAGGCUUUCUUCUCCUGUCUGACCGGCUACCAGCUUCAAGGCCCCAGUGUGCUGACCUGCCGCAAUGCUAGCACCCCCUACUGGAGUGGCAAGGAACCACACUGCCUUGCUGCCUGUGGUGGUAUUAUCAGGAACGUCACAGUCGGACGGAUCGUCUCUCCUGGUUUUCCCAGCAACUACAGCAACAACCUGACCUGCCACUGGGUGCUGGAGGCCCCUGAGGGCCAGAAACUGCACAUCCACUUUGAGAAGGUUGCGCUGGCUGAGGAUGAUGAUCGGCUGCUGAUCAAGAAUGGUAACAGCAUCGAUGCAGCUGUGCUUUAUGAUUCAUAUGAGGUGGAAUAUCUGCCUAAUGAAGGUCUCCUCAGCACAUCCAGGCAUCUCUUCAUUGAGCUGACUACAGAUGCUACAGGCACAUCCACAGGCAUUGCCAUCAGAUACCAAGCUUUCGCAGCAGGCCACUGCUACGAACCCUUCGUGAAGUACGGUAACCUGACCAGCAGCGACAACACUUGGGCGGUAGGAGCUGUGGUGGAGUUUGCCUGCGACCCUGGCUAUACUCUGGAACAGGGAUCUGUCACCAUUGAAUGCAUGGACCCCAACAAUCCUCAGUGGAAUGAAACAGAGCCUGCGUGCAGAGCUGUGUGCAGUGGUGAGAUCACAGACUCAGCUGGGGUGGUGCUCUCUCCCAACUGGCCUGAAGCCUACGAUAAAGGCCAGGAUUGUAUCUGGGGGAUCCACGUCGAGGAGGACAAGAGGAUCAUGCUGGACAUUCAAGUGUUGAACGUCGGUAAGAAUGACCUGUUGACCUUCUAUGACGGAGAUGACCUUACAGCCAAAGUGCUGGGUCAGUAUGGAGGAUCGAAGUCACGCUUCAAGCUCUACACCUCUACCGCAGACAUCACCAUCCAGUUCCAGUCUGACCCUGCCACCAACGUCUACGGCUAUGGCAAUGGCUUUGUAGUUCACUUUUUUGAAGUGGCUCGUAAUGACACCUGCCCUGAGCUUCCUGAGAUCUCUAAUGGCUGGAAGAGUACAUCUCACCCUGAGCUGGUUCAGGGCACCGUGGUGACCUACCAGUGCUACCCAGGUUAUCAGGUGGUGGGUGCCGAGCUGCUCAUGUGCCAGUGGGACCUCACCUGGAGUGGAGACCUCCCGAGCUGUGAGAGAGUGGUGUCGUGCGCUGACCCUGGAAAGGUGGAGCACAGCAGGCGGGUGCUGUCAGGUCCACAUUUCAUCGUGGGUUCAAGCAUCCAGUACAUCUGUGAUAAGGGCUUCACUCUGUCUGGAAACAGCCUGCUCACCUGCUUCAACCGAGGAUCCUCAGGGCCCAUGUGGAACCAGAAGCUGCCCAGAUGUCUGCCUGAGACCUUCGAGCCCUGCAGUCACCCAGGAACCCCCAACUAUGGGAUCCCAAGCUCCAACAAGCUCCACUUCCAGGCUGGAGAGACCCUGCACUACUCCUGCCUGACUGGCCACCAGCUCCUGGGUGAUCCUGUUCUCCACUGUGUCCCUGGACACCCAUCCCAGUGGAGUGGGCUGCCACCUGUCUGCAAAGCCCACCCAGCAGAGUAUGAUGGGCACAGAUUAGACGUAUCUACGGCUCACCUACGGAUGGAGGGAGUCCAAGUAGCAUUUGCUACCUUCAUCCCUGUCACCCUCCUCCUCAUCAUCAUCAUUGGGAUCUACCUCCACUUCUCAAAGGCUCAGAGGAAACCACAGCAACUCUCCCUAUCCUCCAACGUUCCAUAUGAAAACAUUACUGGAGAAUCUACAUUUGACAGCUCCGUCUAUGAGACAACGGAAACAAGAGAAUACGAGGUUUCGAUCUGAAGUCGCCCGCGUGUGUGUGUGUUUCAGAAU